UGCUGUCCUUGUUCUCCUCUGUGUUUGGCUCGCAGGUGCAGCUGGGAGGAUUCCCCAGUCGAGGGGUAACAAGCUGGAGACCGACAAGCAGAACAGGUCGCGAAGAGAGACCAGAAUGGAUGGAGAUGGAGGUCACAAUUCUGGAAACCCAAUUUACAAGCGAAGUCCAGACAUGACAAAAUCUCUGAUGACAAAAUCUGAGCAACUCCUGAGAAUUGACGACCAUGAUUUCACCAUGAGGCCAGCAUUCGGAGGUCCUCCGAUUCCCGUUGGAGUGGAUGUUCAGGUUGAAUCUCUGGACACCAUCUCCGAGGUGGAUAUGGACUUCACCAUGACAUUGUAUCUGCGUCACUACUGGAAGGACGAGCGUCUGUCGUUUCCGAGCACCAAUAACCAGAGCAUGACCUUUGACAGUCGCCUGGUGAAGAAGAUUUGGGUUCCUGACAUGUUCUUCAUCCACUCCAAGCGCUCUUUUAUCCACGACACCACCACCGAUAACGUCAUGCUGAGGGUUUACCCUGACGGCAACGUCCUCUACAGCCUCAGAGUCACUGUCACCGCCAUGUGCAACAUGGACCUCAGCCGCUUCCCUCUGGACACUCAAACCUGCUCGCUGGAGAUCGAGAGCUAUGCGUACACAGACGACGACCUGAUGUUGUACUGGAAGAAAGGCAACGAAUCCCUGAACACGGACGACAGGAUAUCUCUGUCCCAGUUCCUCAUUCAGAAAUUUCACACCACCACCAAGCUGGCUUUCUACAGCAGCACAGGCUGGUACAAUCGUUUGUACAUCCACUUCACCCUGAGGCGCCACAUCUUCUUCUUCCUGCUGCAGACCUACUUCCCCGCUACUCUGAUGGUCAUGCUGUCCUGGGUGUCCUUCUGGAUCGACCGCCGGGCCGUCCCUGCCAGGGUGCCACUAGGCAUCACCACCGUGUUGACCAUGUCCACCAUCAUUACCGGGGUCAACGCCUCCAUGCCGCGGGUCUCCUACAUCAAGGCAGUGGACGUUUACCUCUGGGUCAGUUUUGUCUUCGUCUUCCUGUCGGUGAUAGAGUACGCGGCAGUCAACUACCUGUCCACCGUGCAGGAGAGGAAAGAGAGGAAACUGAGAGAGAGACUGCCGUGUACAUGCGGCAUUGGCGACCCAGACGACAUGAUGAUCGACUCCCAGAUCAGUGGCUACGGUUCCAUAGAUGUCAACACCACAGGGAAUUAUGGGAUGCCAGAGAACGGCGGUCGCCAGGAUCGAAUGUUUGCCCAGGUUUCCCUGAAUGACCCGCAGAUCACAGGCCAGGUUAGGCCAUCAAGAGGCUACGUGAACAUCUGGAUAGACACCCACGCCAUAGACAAGUACUCAAGGGUUUUGUUUCCUGGAGCGUACAUCCUCUUUAACAUCAUCUACUGGUCCAUCUACUCGCAACCCGGAAUGAAGAAGUAGACUCUUGGAGUGUGGCUCAUUUGUGAAAGAGCAAGAAAAGAAAACAUUGAAUAUGAUGCUUUUCAGACCUCUGACAGAUUGGGGACCAUUGCCUUCUCGACCCAGCCACUUCAAACUGAAGAGUUUAUAAAUGAGAUACUGACCAACAAGACAAUGGAUGUCAAUGUCAAUGGAUCAAAUGUUCAUGUUGUAACUAUAAUGCUGUUGAUAGAAAGCUGUUUAGACUGACAGCACAGAGAUGUAUUAACCUGUGUAACUGUGCGUUCCAGAGCCAUUUCAGUUCCCGAUGCAGUGACUCUUCGACCACAUUUCAAAACCGAAAACAUGAAGUGAAAACAGAUUUCUGACAGAUUCCUUCUCUUUUCCAUAUGAACUAUACUUGACAAUCAAUGGAAAACUAAAAAUACUUUCAGAAAUAGUUUGGCUUAUUUGUUUUCUGGUGGAAAGUUAGAUUGUUAGUGGUAUCAAGCCUCUUAUCUGACUCUUGGCUGAGAAAACCAGUCUCAAGAUUAUUUAAAUUAGAUUUUUUUUUAGAGCAGCACAUAAGUACGACUCAGUAUGUAUUAAAUUUUCUCGUGAUCUUUGUAUCAAUGCGAUUGUUUUGCUCUCAAGCUACUUACUGCGUUGCAUUUGUGAUCUGAUAAAGUUCAGUAAAAAGGCAAAAAUAAUGAUGUCUAUUAAAAAGGAGGCGGGGUCUGUGCUUUCGUGAGAAACGAUAUUAAUUUCACGGUGAAAAAGGACCUGGGCGAUGAGGUUGAAGUUAUUCUGUUGGACAUUCACCUGCCCAAAACGAAACCAUUGCUAAUGGGAGUAUGUUACAGACCGCCUGAUCAAAGUACUUUUUAUGAAAAUCUAGAAAAUUUAUUGACUAGCUGCGAUGGAACAAAAAAUGAAUGUAUUCUGAUGGGAGAUUUCAAUAGUGAUGUAUCUAACAAGGGCUGUCCUACAUAUGGUGCUUUUUCUAAAUUUAGUAAACUUUUUGAUUUAAAGCAGCUGGUUAAUGAACCUACUCGUGUAAGCCAAAAGACUAAAACAACCAUCGAUCUUAUUAUGGUGUCAGACAAAUAUAAUAUCUCGCAUCAUGGUGUGAUUGCAUAUGGGAUUAGUGACCAUUUCAUCACAUUUUGUACCAGGAAGGUCCAUAGAGAAACUUUUUCAAGCCAUAAAAUCAUUAAAAUCAGAUCUCUUAAGAACUACUGUGUUGACACAUUUAGAGAGCAGCUUAGGAAAAUUGACUGGUCUUCAGUGUUGGAAAAUGAUUCUGUUGAUAGUGCAUGGGAUCUGUUUAAUCAAAUUUUCCUUAGUAUAGUGAAUAAGUUGGCUCCAUAUAAACAAGUUAGGGUAAAGCAGAGAUCAAGCCCGUGGCUUAACGCAGAUAUUUUAACUGCUAUAAAACAAAGGGA